CUGCCAUUGAGUCGUCGCCGUCCGCAGAGGAAGGUUGCAGGCGCGUUCGCAGCACUUAUCUUCUUCAGAGAGUGAGCAGCAGGCAGCGCUCUCCACCGGCUGCUUUCGUUUCGAUCGCGUUGUGCGUGGACAAAGUCAGCGCCGCGGAGUGACAUUAACAUACUGUGGAAUAAAAAUGAAACUAGUUAUGAUAUUACUGUUAAACUUUCCAGUGUUGUUGAAUGAUCGACUGGUGCGUAAUAGAGAAGCUAAGAGUUGCCAUGUGUUGAUGCAGUGUUCUCCUUUGGAUUACUUAAGUGUGUUAUAACCGGUAAAGUUAACUGUGUCUUCAGAGUUGAUAGUUGAUGUUCGAUUGGAUGCUUUACUGAGUGUGUCCAACUUUAUAAUGCUCGAACAUAGUGCUCAGUAUUUGAACGUUCCGCCAACCUUUGACGACAACUUCGACGUAUCUUUCUUUCCGGACUUAUACACCACAAGGCUCGGCCCAUGUGAGCUGCAAGAUCCCGGCUGGGCUAAAAUGAACUCAUUGUCUGGAGGAAGUAAAAGGAGGAAAAAGUCUGAAACUAAACCUCAGGCUCAAAUCAACAAAUGUAAUAAUGAGAAACGACGCAGAGAGCAAGAAAACAUCUACAUAGAGGAACUUGCAGAACUGAUCUCAGCCAACUUCGCGGACAUGAGCUCGCUGUCGGUAAAACCAGACAAGUGCGCCAUCUUACAAGAAACCGUCAACCAAAUACGUAACAUAAAACAACAAGAGAACGCUGUCCAAUCGUCGGACCCCGUGCAGCAGGGUGAAGUGUCAUCUUCCAGGCCCACCAUCUUGUCCAACGAGGUUUUUGGUCCCCUACUGCUCGAGGCUCUAGAAGGGUUCCUAUUCGUGGUGAACAGUGAAGGGAAGGUUGAGCAAGUUACGGAAAACGUUAUUAACUAUAUCAAGUUCACUAAAGAGGACAUUUUGGGGAAGAGCAUCUACAAUUUCAUCCACCAUGGGGAUCACGCCAAGUUCAGUUCGAGCCUGCUGCCCAUGUCCAUAGCUUGGGGCAACGAGCUGACGAACAAAUCGCGAUCUUUCACCAUACGUCUCCUGGUGAAGCCUCUAGAAGACCUAGACGAGACCGUCGAGGAAAAACAGCAGCGCGUUUGCCACUACGAGUGGAUGAACAUUUUGAGUGCACCCCUGGUGGACCAAUUGGCAGUUUCAGACGAAGAAGGCAACGACAACGGUCCUUGUUUACUCUGCGUGGCCAGCAGAAUAUCGUACAAAGAUAAGACUAUCACUGACGUCGAGCAAUUCACCACUAAACUUGACACUUCAGGUAAAAUCAUUGGCGUAGAUACCUCUGGGGUAUCGCCCGCACAUUGCCAAUACAUUAGCAAGGAUCUGACUAAUAGAGUGUUCAAAGAACUGGUGGCUCCUCAAGACGUCCACAAACUCGUGUCUCACUUGAAAGAGACACUCACUACGGGACAGGCGCCCUGUGUUAACUACAGACUACAGUUCGGUGCCGACAAGUUCAUCAAAGUGCAAACGAAGUCCAAAUUGUUCAAAACUAGCUCGCACGCUUCUGAAUCCGAUUUUGUUAUGGCUACUCACACAAUUCUUGGAGAGAGUGAAUCGCUAGGACCUUCGGAUCCAGGAGGUGGUAACAGCAACAGCAGUCUUGGUGGUCCCCUGAUGACCAGCGCGGUUAACGGCUCACGGAACACCACAGCCGUUGGAGUCUGCUCCGACAACUCCACCACGUCAUCCUCCAACACCCUUCUCAACAGCAACUCAGCCUCUUACACCACCUUCAACAUCGACAACGACUUCAACUUCGACAUGUUUCCCUCCUCCACCUGGGAGUUGGACUCCACCAGCUGGCCGGAGCCAAGACCCGAGUCUAGACAAAGCACCACGCCAGUCUCUACUCCCACUCCUCGUCCUCCCAGCAACCCAGCCUUCAGCCCCGUCAACUCCAUGGCUCAGAGCCCUCUGGCGGGCUUCGUGGCCCAACAGAGCCCCACCAUUCCUAACCCCUCUACCCCCGCGAACUCCUACAACAACAGUUUCUCCUUCAGCCCUCUGACAGAUCAGAAUUACGCGAUGGAAGAGCAGAAAGAUACCAAAGCCAAUGUGCUGGAGGAGGCUACGAGUAUGAUGGCCGAUUCCAACAAAUUGAGAAACUUACUGACUAAACCUCCAAACACUCCUGUUGUAGAUUCUGCUAACGAUAAUGACAGCAGGAAUAAGAAUCGCAUACUGAAGGGUCUGCUGAAUCAGCAGGACGAUGACGAUUGUAGGAAUGACAACAGGACCAGUCCUAGGAGUAUGGUUAGCAGGGGAUCUAUGCCUGGUACUUCUGGCACCUCGGACAUGUCAAAGAAUUCUUCUAUGGCCGCUGGGAGGAAUAACGCCAUGUUGCUUGAGUUGCUUAACGAUAAAAGUGAUGACGAUGAUCUCGAAGCUCGCAGUGGCGUAAGGAAGAAGAGUGAAUUAUUGCAGCAACUAUUGAAAUCUGAGAGAACUGAAGAAGGUGAUGAUAAAAAGGAUCAGUCACAUGAUGAUACUCUACUCAGAAGUUUGGGAUUCACCAGUUCCCUUUCACCUCCUGGUUCCUCCAGAAAAAGACCCAGCGAUGGUGAAGACAGUGCGAACAAAAGAAGCAAUUCAGAUGGAGCUGUUACUUCAACUGGAAGUGAAUUGUGUAGAAGGAAUCAGAUGCUGGUCUCCUUACUCGCCAAACAAUCACCAAACCCUCCACAACCUAUACCUCCAAUACCUGCCAGUGUCUUACAUGCGACGCCACAAGAGAAAUUGCCGAAGAUAGUCGACCCCAAAUUGACAAAUAACAUGAAUAAUAGGACAGUGAAUGCCCAAACCCUUCAGCAACAGCAAGUUCAGCAGGUCCAACAACAGUUGCAGCAACAAGUGCAACAACAACAGCAGCAGCAGCAACAACAACAAAUGAUGAAUAAUAGACUGACAAGAAUGCAUAGCCGCCCACCAACUAACUACCUCAAUGCCAUAUUGUCACCUCAGAACAAUAUGCAACAACGAACUGACAACAGGCUAUCUCAGGCAGUCUCCAGCGGUUGCUACACCUCUCCCAAUGCUACCUCUACUUCAGAUAACAACAACACCUGGGCUGAAAACAAUAAUAUCCAGAGCUCAAAUGAUCCUGAUCUCUCCGAAAUUCUCGAUCAGGUUAUGGAUAUUGUACCUGAUAGCAUCAUGCAAAUUUUGGAAAUGGAUAAUCAGCAUACUACUUAUCAAAAUUCGGAAAUAAGUGAGAAAAUGGCCAUCAAUAUCAUCCAGAAUUCACUUAUGCAAAUGGAAACUUUGGUGAAGAAACCAGCAUCGCCUAAUGUUUCUAUAUCUGGAACUCCACCAGCCUAUUCAUCUGUCACGCUUUCAAAUCAAAACAGCCAAGGCAGAGUUUUCCCCCCUCCCCCGAACUACCCACAGCAAGGCUACAAAAUCGGUCAGAGAAUAGUGAGACCAAAUGCCAACUAUCAAAUCGGAGGAACUGCCAUCAAUCCCCAGCAGCUUCUUAUACACCAACAGCGCAAGGCUAUGGCACAGCAACAGGAAAAGAAGCGCUUACUUCAGCAACAGCAGCAACAACAAUUGCUCAUACCACCUAAUGCAACUGCAGCCGAGAUGAACAGCGGUAUGCAAAACAUCGAUAGUUUAUUGAACAACACCGUUGCACCUAAUGUUACUCUACAACGAUCAUCGAGUAUUCCGGAGCCUCAAUCGUCACCAAAUUACAAUCAAAUCAGCCAGGCUUCGAGAGUUAGCAACCAACAACCUUUCUCACCGCACUCCCAACUCACGUCGCCGAUUCAGCAGACCUUCCAGCAAACAACUGCAGGGAACUUUCAACAGAAUACUGCCAGAUUAUCGCCUCAAUCAGCUUUCAACCAGCAAACCUCACCUAGGCAAGCCUAUCCUCAAGGAAAUGCUUCGAAUGCCAAUUGGGCCCAACAGGCCAGAUUGGCCGUCCAGAAUCCUAUGCUUAAUGCCCAACUCACUAGAGCUCCUCAACAGAGGGCCAUAAACAGUCCGGGGAAUAGGCAUUCGCCUUUUUCUACAGAUGCUUUCCCUCCACCUACCUCGCCCAAUUCUGCCUUCACCCAAAACCAGUACCUGAGAGGAGUGCAACGUACUAAUAACACACCAACUGCCACAAAUCACCUACCAGGUGGCCUGGGCUCCCCCCGGCCAUAUGGCAGGGCAGAUCAUCACCCCCAUCCCUAUUCCCCUCUCCCUCCACCACCAACGCCAUCUCAUCACCCCAUGAUGUACCAACAAGAUGCCCAAUACUGUUAUGAUCAGGCGGGUUUACAAUUAGCGUACAAUGGUGCCGACCGAGGUCGGGCUCCGCCUCACCUCCACCCCGGUGUGUCGGGGAGUGGACCUACUUCCGAAUUUGUAAGGCAGGAAUUGCGUGCAGUUGUAGGAGCCAGAACCCAAGGACAGGCGCAACCACAGAAUCGGCCAUCGCCUCAACAGCAGAUACUCACUCAACAACAACAGGUUGCUGAUCUGGAAGUUCUUGGACUGAGUUAUGAAGCUGGUGCGAGCGAUAGCCCGAAGCUAUGGGGCGCUAUGGGUUCAGACAUGGGCUCACUGUCUCCACAGCAGGCAACCAGGAAUUCUUUGGAAGAGGUACGCCAAGGUGAUCAUAAGUCAUCACUACUUCAAAAAUUAUUAUCCGAGUGACUGCCAGUUGUAAAUAAGGAUAGAAAUAUACACUACUAGGUACCUCAUCGGUUCUGUACCACCAGGCUGUAAAUUUAGACAGGAUAGCUGUAUCAAAGUGCAUUACUACGUUGCUUGUUUAUUUGAAGUGGUAGUGCGCAGCAUUGUGCAAUUGUAUAUACGAUAAGGACUCAUUGUUUAUAUUUAUAUAUAUAUAUGUUAUAUUUUAUUAUUGGAGUUGUUUAAAUUUGAUUUAGAAUUUGAUAUUUGGUCACAAUGUUACGGCGAUGCACAGGUAUAUAAAUAUGUUGAAAUAAGUAACCUAGCUGUAAAUAGAAAAAUGAUAAAUAAAAAAAUAAUAGGGAUUCUUUGUGAUGAACCUAAUGAAAGCUCAACUACUACCAGGUGUGCCAUGAAAUAAAUCCGAUAUUUUCUCAAAAUGACCUCUUGUUGAAACGGUAAAAAUGAAAAUUACAUAAUAAAAAUAUUUUUGAAAAGAAAUCAUGCAUCAUGUUAUUGAUAAUUAUGCAGUAUAUUCCCAAAUGUGUACAAAAUUAUGAAUAUGGAAGAAUUAUUUAUUUUUCAAGUAAAUUGAAAAAAGAUGUUACUAUAAUGUUGCUAUAUGAGCUUUGGAAAGAUGAAAAAAAGGUGUGGGACCAAAUGAUUCGCAGGUUGCAUUUUUCAAGCUUUAAUUAUUCAUUCAGUAAGUAAUUUACUGUUCUGAAAAUCGACAGCAUCAGGUAGUGGUGAUAUUUGUAGAUGUGUUUGAUAUCCCUAUUAUUUGAAAAACAGAAUUGUCUAUUUUUUGUAAUUCGAAAGUCAAUGUAAAUCUGCUAUAAAUACCAAAGUUUAACAGUGCCUCGCCCUAAUGUUCAGACCGAUAAUUAUUUGAGCGUGUUAGAGAGAAAAGAUAAGCGCUCAUAUAUAAUUUGAAUAUGUUAGUGUUGUCUUCCUUUUGUGAAUGUUCAAGCUACGCAUUACCAGGAUAUACUAACUGUUAAUAUUUUAUACAUAAUUUAAAAUAUGUUAUUUGGAAAGCUAGUUGUUGGAGAUUGUGAUAGGCAAGCGCCAUGUUACUGUUGCUAGGACGGUUCCUAGACAUUUAUUACUAGUUACUAGCAUUCAUACUUCAUUAUUGUCAAUUACACCCCUCCCACUAAAUUUUAAAGGAACAAAUUUACAGACAAUUAUUUAAUUACACAUAUUACAGAUAUUUUUUGUACAUUAUUGGAGUUUUGAAAUAUCUAUAUAUUAAAAUAAAAGUAUAAUUUCUA